AAUGAGACUAGUUUUUCUCUGUGUGGUAAAAGUUGUGAUAUAACAGCAUUGUGCUUGAAUUUACUAAUAAAACCAGAUGCAUGCUAUGUAAGUAAGCCGCGAUGGCAACUGGCUAGACGUCUCAUUUCUAAAGGAUCGCUUUUAGACAUUAUUGGAGGCGGUUCAAGGAGUACGACACCAGCUAGUCAAUCGCGUAAAUCCCCCACUAAUGAUCAAGGUGUGCAAGCCGGUGGAUCUGGUAAACGAGACGACAAGAAGAUUCCGAAACCAAUUCAGCCCCCAGGUCAACGCAAUCAACAAAGGAAGAGUACUUCGCAAGAACGAAAAAAUUCGAGAGAUGGACAUCAGGAUCAUCAAAGGAAUCAAAAUAGACAACCUCAAAUGCGUACACAGAAUCAAGGACCCCAAGGACCUCAUCCUGGCAAUCAACAAAGGGGGGGAUGGACAAAUCGCGGUCCUAUGAGGCCACGAGGAAGACCAAGAGGAGGAUUUAAACCUAAUCAAGGACAGCCGACGCCAGGAAAUAAAGCAAAGAAUACUUUGAAGUUUGAAAAUGAUUACGACUUCGAACAAGCGAAUACGGAAUUUGAAGAGUUGAGGAGUCAAUUAGCGAAAGUAAGUGUCGUAUUUUUGUGAUUGAAAGGCGAAUUUU